AUGUCUCAAUCCAGAGGGCGCUUACACAACAAAAAAGCCGGCAUUCGGGCUGCAGUGAUCCUGAUUGGACUCCUGCACAAGUCUCGUAAAGCCAAGGAGAAGGAAAAGAGGAAACAGGAGGUGUUGAACAUUUCUAACGUCCCUCUUGGAGAAUGUCCUCCAUCACCGCCCCGCACCGCUCCACCGAGCAUGAAAUCAGCGGAAUUCUUCGACAUGUUGGAGAGGAUGCAGGAUGACUAUAUUCCCUACCCACGGAUAGAAGAUGUCCUGGAGAAAGGUGGCCCAUAUCCCCAGGUAAUCUUGCCACAAUUUGGUGGCUACUGGAUCGAAGAUGCGGAUGCACCAGCCGGAACGCCCUCAUCUUCAGAGUCCAGUUUCUGUGAAGAAGAGGAUGGAGGAGAGGGCAUGAGUCCUGAUGAAGGACACUGCUACCGUCUGGAGUGCAACAGUACAGCUCGAGCCUACCGCAAACACUUUUUGGGCAAGGAGCACAUGAACUACUACUGCACUGGCAGCAGCAUAGGGAACCUCAUCAUGUCCCUGAAGCAUGAGGAGGUAGAGGGGCAAGAAUUAUUGCGCAUCAUGCUCAGGUCAAGGACCAACACUGUCCAUGAUAGAAUAUCGUUGGCAGGUCUUAACCAGCUUCCCAGUGUACCUCAGAUUGCGAAACUUUUGUGUGAAGAUGCUACAGGAUUAAAAUUUAACCCAGCUCUUUACCCUCGAGGAUCUCAGUUGAUCGUAGCUUACGAUGAGCAUGAAGUUAACAACACCUUCAAAUUUGGAGUGAUAUACCAAAAAUUUGGACAGACAUCUGAGGAAGAGUUGUUUGGGAAUAACGAAGAGACUCCAGCAUUCAAAGAGUUUCUCAGUAUACUCGGUGACAACAUUGAACUUCAGGACUUUAAGGGAUUCCGUGGGGGGCUGGACGUGUCCCAUGGACAGACAGGGACUGAAUCUGUGUAUACAGUUUUUAGACAAAGGGAGGUUAUGUUCCAUGUGUCAACCAAGCUUCCUUUCACUGAUGGCGAUGUACAGCAGCUUCAGAGGAAAAGGCACAUAGGAAAUGACAUCGUAGCAGCAGUUUUCCAAGAAGAGCCCACACCUUUUGUUCCUGACAUAAUUGCCUCCAACUUUCUGCACGCAUAUGUGUUGGUUCAGGUUGAGAACCCAUGCACGGAGAACACAACAUAUAAGGUAUCUGUCACUGCGAGAGAGGAUGUACCUCCCUUUGGACCCGCCCUGCCAAACCCAGCUGUCUUUAAAAAGGGCCCAGAAUUCCGAGAUUUUCUGUUGACAAAGCUGAUCAAUGCGGAAAACGCCUGCUACAAAUCUGACAAGUUUGCCAAACUAGAGGGUCGAACGCGAGCUGCGUUGCUAGACAACCUCCACGAUGAGCUACACAGACAAAGUCAGGCCACUCUGGGUCUAAGCCAAGCAGAAGAGGAGGACAAGCUGGAAAAUGGGGGACACGGGGGUCUCCUGGAGUCAUUCAAGAGGGCCAUGCGGGUGAGGAGUCACUCUAUGGAGACUGUGGUGGGGUCUAAUCGCCUCAGGAGCCCAGGUGGUGGAGGGGGAGUGCCAGCCAGUUUAAGUGGUGGAGCAAUGCCACAGAGCACCAGUGAAUGUACGAAGAGCACCUACAAUCCUCCAACAUUAUCAGCCAAAUCCUCCUUAAAGAGCCCUGUGAAAAGGCGAUCGGGACUCUUCCCACGUCUCCACUCCAGCAUUGAAACACCUUCUGACAAAUGCACUCGAAGUGACCAAAAAGCUUCAGAGAUCUGCCCACUAUCCCAGGAAGUGAGGUCGGAGACAUUAUCCAACCCAAGUUCACCUGAGAUUUGCCCUAACAAAGAAAGGCCUUUCGUUAAACUGAAGGACAGCACAGGGAGCAGACCAAACAUCUCUCGGUCUUCAUCAAGCACCAGCAGCUUCAGCAGCAUUACAGGAGAUCCAGAAGCUUUGGAAGACAUAGAGACAGUGAGUACUGUAUGUCCCUCAACAUCAUCUUCUGUCUUCAGUCCUUCGAUCAGCAUUGACAGCCCAGUGUCUGGAACUCCCAUCAUCAUGUGCCGCAGUGCCACAGGUAAUCUCUGUACUAGAAGUACACAUGCCUUUUGA